AAUCUCUUUCAGGUUUCAAAGCUGUCUCUGUCUCCAUCAGAGAACACAGUGUCCGUAGUACCGGACUGGUCUCUUCUCCCUGAAGAGCUACUCCACGUUAUCUCCAAGAAUCUGGAGGACAGUUUCGAUGUUGUUCAUGCUCGCUCUGUUUGCACCUUGUGGCGAUCCAUCUUACCCUUUCCUUCUUACCUAUCACGCCCAAGUUACUCUCUUCCCACACUCGAUAACAAAGGCUCGUGGAGCCUCGAGAAGAUCCCUCUCUUCCUCUUUAGACCCCAACGAGCUAUUGCUGCCGAGUCUGCUGCUUCAGAGUAUUUCUUGGGAGGGAUAGGAAGAGAUGAGUCAGAAGAGCUUCCAUCUUCUGAUCCAAGGUUGAUGAACAUGCUCGACUGCCAGAUCUUCCCUCUUGGCCAUCAGUACCGAAUGAUUGGUUGCGAUGCUAAAGAGUACAGAGGCGUGGCUGCUCUUCCGCUUAACAAGGAGGGAGGAGGACAUUUUGUUGUUCUCCUCAACUGCACUAGUGUUUUGAUGGUGUUAAGAAGUAAUGAAAUGAGGUGGAGGCGGUUUCAGACACUCUCAACAGCUACGUGCGAUGAUUUAGUCACUUUUAGAGGCAGGUUUUAUGCACUCUUUGUUAACGGAGACGUUUUCGGUUUCGAUCCUCAUUUCCUGGAACUGACUCCCCUGGUACGCUUGGAGCUUCUCAACAGUGCGUCAUCCACGUCUCUGGUUCCAUCUGGUGAUGAUGAACUUUUCCUGGUUGAGCAAAUCAUCCCUCUUAAUGGCAAUGCAUUAGACUUCGAUCGGUUAACGCUAAGAGUGUGUAGGCUAGAUGUGGAGGCUGGUCAAUGGGUCGUGGUCAAAGAUAUAGGAGACCGUGUGUUUAUUAUUGGAGACUUGGGAACUGUCUCUUGCUCAGCUAUAGAGCUCCCUGAUGGUUGUGGUGUGUGCGUGAACUCAAUUUUGUUUACUUAUGGGCCAGGCAACGUAACAUACUCCUACAAAUAUGAAGACGACCUCAACUGUUGGAGAUAUUCAAGAGAGAAACGUGUGACUAUCCUCAGCUUGUCACAAAUUUUAUUAAUUAAACUUAAAGCGCUACAACGUUUUCAACCGGAGGCAUGCUCGACGGUAAGAUGAACAUUAAU